UAUGAAAGUAUAAGCUAAUACUUUGUACUUUGGUUAUUAAUAAAAAUUAAUAAAAGAUUUUAUAUAAAAAAUAUGAAAAAUAAUUUUAUCAUUAUAAUAAAAUUUAAAAAAAUACAAAAAGACAUUAUUAGAAAGCAAGUUCUGAAACAAUCAGAAAAAAAAGAAUAAAUUUACUUAAAUUUAUCAGGUCAUUGAUGACAGAAGAAGAGAAGUAAAUUUAACAAUAAAAAUGUCAGGUUAUGCAAGUGAGGAUGAAAUUCAAAAACUGAAAACCGCGAUUGCAAAAGGUAAUGAAGAUGAGGUACGUAAAUUUUUAAGCGGCUUCGAAGAAAAAGAUAAAAUAUUGUCAGCAAUAUUUAAGUGGAAUGAAGGCUACGAUUUUUUACGCGUGUCAUUGAAAGAAAAAUGGCGGGAAAUUGGAAUAUUGCUUUUAAACCACGGUGUCGAAGUAAAUAAAAUAAAUUGCAGACAAACUCACAACUCGCCUUUAUUCUGGGCAAUUAUAAACGAAAACAUUGAAAUAGUUCAGGUGAUAAUUGCCAAAGGAGCGAAUGUUAAUUACAAAAACUCUUCCGGUAAAUUGGCUAUUUUUGGGGCUGUUGAAAAAAACAACGAAGAGUUGGUUAAUUUAUUAUUAGCUCAAAAAGAUAUCGUCGUUAAUUCUAAAAAUAUAUCGGUGCCUCUUGAAGCCGCUGCUAAAGUUGGGAACCAAAAUAUAUUUGAUUCACUUGUUCAUCAGGGUGCGAAUGCCAAUACAAGUUACAGUCCUGGUGAAACUAUGUUCCAAAUUGCUGUCGAACGCGGGUACUUGAGUACAGUAAAAAAUCUUUUAAAUAAAUAUCCAAAUCUUCAUACAGACACUGAAAAUAAAAAUUUACUGGCGUCUGCAAUAAUUGGCUGCGGAGAUGAACACAAGCAAAUUGUAAAUCUUCUUACCGUUCACGGUUUUGUAGUUGAUUCUGAUUACAUAAAUGACAAUAAAUUACUUGCUGCUGCUGUUUACAAUAAGUAUUAUAAAAUAACUGAAGAUCUUUUAAAAUUAGGCGCUGCAGUUAAUGUUGUAAGCGAUUUUCACAGCAGUACACCUUUGACAAUAGCUUGUGAAAAAAAUUUUGAAGAUUUUGUUAAAUUAUUACUCAAGUAUGGAGCUGACGUAAAUCUUAAAGGCAAAUAUGAUAUUACUGCUUUAUAUGAGGCCGUCAGAAGUUCAUAUUUCGGAAUAACUAAACUACUUUUAGAUAACAACGCGACUUUUGGUGACAAAGAUUUUUUGUACACUGCGGUGUCAAACGCAUCAACAGAAAUCGUCAGAAUCCUACUCGAUCGCGGCGCUGGUAUAAACGAUAUAGAUUGCUAUGGUAGAUCAGCAUUACACCGGGUUUCAUAUAUCACUGAAUGGAAUAAAACUAAAGAAAGCGUCGAAAUAGCCAAGUUACUUUUAGCUAGAGGCGGUAAUUUAAAUUUUAAAAAAUCAAGAAGGCGAAACACCACUUGUUUGUGCUGUCAAAAAUGAAAGAAG